CUGGUUCUUCCUACUGAAAAAUCCUAAGUAUUCAGGGACACUCUUCUGGAGAUAUCUCCAGACGCUCCUUCUGGUGACCAUGGGGAAGAGAGUGGCCAUCAUCGGAGCUGGCAUCAGUGGAUUGGCCUCCAUCCGGUGCUGCCUGGAAGAGGGGCUGGAGCCCACCUGCUUUGAGAGGAGCAAUGAUGUUGGUGGCCUGUGGAAAUUCUUGGACCAUGCCGAAGAAGGCAGGGCAAGCAUUUACCAGUCUGUAUUCACCAACUCUUCCAAAGAGAUGAUGUGCUUUCCAGACUUCCCAUAUCCCGAUGAUUACCCCAACUACAUGCACCACAGCAAACUCCAGGAAUAUAUAAAGACAUUCGCUCAAAAGAAGAAUCUUUUAAGAUACAUACAGUUUGAGACCCUGGUUUCUAGUAUAAAGAAAUGUCCCAGCUUCUUAGUCACUGGACAAUGGGAAGUUGUUUCAGAAAAGGAUGGGAAACAGGAAUCUACUAUUUUUGAUGCUGUAAUGAUUUGUUCAGGACAUCAUGUAUACCCUAAUCUACCAACUGAUUCUUUUCCUGGCCUACACCAGUUUCAAGGCCACUAUCUCCACAGCAGGGACUACAAAGACCCGGAUGCCUUCAAGGGGAAAAGGGUCCUUGUGAUCGGCCUGGGGAACUCGGGAUCUGACAUUGCUGUUGAGCUCAGUCGGCUGGCUGCACAGGUCAUUAUCAGCACCAGAAGUGGCUCCUGGGUCAUGAGCCGGGUUUGGGAUGAUGGCUAUCCUUGGGACAUGGUAUAUGUUACCCGCUUUGCGUCAUUUCUCCGGAAUGCCCUUCCUGCGUUUGUCUCUGACUGGUUAUAUGUGAAGAAGAUGAACACGUGGUUUAAGCAUGAGAACUAUGGCCUGAUGCCUUUAAAUGGUCCCCUGAGAAAAGAGCCUGUGUUCAAUGACGAGCUCCCGUCCCGCAUCCUGUGUGGUACUGUGUCCAUCAAGCCCGGUGUGAAGGAGUUUACAGAGACCUCGGCCGUAUUUGAGGAUGGGACCGUGCUUGAGGCCAUCGACUCCAUCAUCUUUGCGACAGGCUAUGAUUAUGCCUACCCCUUCCUUGAUGACUCCAUCAUCAAAAGCAGAAACAAUGAGGUCACCUUGUUUAAAGGCAUCUUCCCCCCACUAAUGGAGAAGCCAACCUUGGCUGUGAUUGGCCUUGUCCAGUCCCUUGGGGCUGCCAUCCCCACAGCUGACCUCCAGGCUCGCUGGGCUGCUAAAGUGUUUGCAGACUCAUGCACCUUGCCAUCUACAAAUGAAAUGAUGGAUGAUAUUGAUGAGAAAAUGGGGAAGAAACUCAAGUGGUUUGGCCAGAGCCAGACUUUGCAAACAGAUUAUAUCACAUACAUGGAUGAGCUGGGCUCCUUCAUAGGAGCCAAGCCUAACAUACUGUGGCUCUUCCUGACUGACCCGCAGCUGGCCCUGGAAGUGUACUUCGGCCCUUGCAGCCCAUACCAGUUUCGACUGGUGGGACCAGGGAAGUGGGAUGGGGCCAGAAAUGCCAUCCUGACUCAGUGGGACCGGACAAUAAAGCCAACCAGGAUGAGAGCUGUCGGGGAAGCUCAGAGACCCCAACACUUUUAUAAUUUGCUCAGAAUGCUUUCAUUCUCAGUGCUUUUGCUGGCUGUUUGGCUUACAUUUUAUUAAUAAGAAAGUCCUUUACAUCUCAGAGUUUAGCUUAAAAGUUUAAUUACUCAGAUAUGUAUAUAGUUUAAUUGUAGGCAUGUACACAUAUGCAUACAUAAAAUCUCAGAGCCACUCUUUGCCUUCCUGCAGAUGUAAAAAUGAAUGCUGGCCCAUUUGACUCAAAGUCUAAGAAAAAUGGAAAAUACUCAGGCUUUCCCUUUCUGGUGAGAAUCUGUACUCUAAAAAGGCUUUUCACAUGCUGAAUUGGCAGGAUUGGAGAUGCUUGAGAUGAGAAGAAAGAGGAUGAAGAAGAGUGAAAACAGGUUUGCAGGAUGAACAAAGUUUAAUAAAUUUCUUAAGAGUGUUUUAUCAUCAGAAGAAAUGACAUCACAACAAUGCUGAAUCUUCCAACCCAUGACAUCGUAUAUUUUUCCAUUACUUAGAUCUUUAAUUGCUCUAACCAGUGUUUUGUAGUUUUUUGUGUAUGGAUCUUACCCAUCUUAGGUCAGAUUUACCCUGAGUAUUUCAUAUUUUGGGGUGUUAUUAUAAAUGGUAGUUAAACAUUUUUUAAUUUCCUGUUGUUUAUUGUUAAUAUAUAGAAAUGCAAUAAUUUGUUCUUUUGUUGAAUCAUCCAUAACUUUUUCUGUAGAUUCCAUAAUGCUUCCUACGUAAAUAAUCAUGUGGUCUAAAAAUAAACAUAGUUUUACUUCUCUAAUUUCAA